AUGCCCCCCUCGACACACUCACACUCGUCCGACCUCAAGCAGCACGCCUCGCACGACGAGGCGCAGCCGACCGAGCAGGAACGUAUCGCCGCCCUCGCGGCGGCGUACGUGCCCGGCUCGGAGGCCGAGAAGAAGCUGCUGCGCAAGCUCGACAUGCGCAUUGUGCCGUGUAUCUGGGCUCUUUACACGCUCUCGUACCUGGACCGUGCAAACAUUGGCAAUGCGAAAACGGGCGGUCUCGAGGCCGACUUCAACCUCACCUCGGAGCAAUACUCGGUCGUCCUCCUAGUCUUCUUCAUCUCGUACCUCGUCUUCGAAGUGCCGUCCAACCUGCUCAUCGCACGCUGCCGCCCCUCGCUCUACCUCUCGGGCCUGUGCAUCAUCUGGGGCGGCGUGAGCGCGUGCAUGGCGGCGACUAGCAACUGGAAGCAGCUUGCCGGGGUACGCUUUGCCCUCGGUGUGGCAGAGGCCGGCUUCGCCCCCGGCGUCGCGUUCUACCUGUCGUCCUGGUACCGCCGCUACGAGCUCUCGUCCCGCUACUGCGUGUACUACACGGCGACCGCAGUAUCCGGCGCCUUCUCGGGCCUGCUCGCGGGCCUGAUCACACAGCACCUGGACGGCGCGCGCGGGCUCAAGGGCUGGCAGUGGCUGUUUAUCAUCGAGGGCGUCGGCUCGUCCUUCCUCGGGUGCUUCACGUGGAUGUUCAUGCCCGACUGGCCGGCGACGACCAAGUUCCUCACCGAGGAGGAGCGCGUGCUUGCGGCCCAGCGCCUCGCGUACGACGGCCUCGGCGCGACGCAGGGCGCCGAGGAGCGUACCGGCGAGCUCAAGGCCAUGAAGAUGGCCUUCACCGACUGGCGCGUCGGCUUCUUCAUCGUCAUGUACAUGCUGUCCACUGGCGCCCAGACCAUCCAGUACUUUGUCCCCACGCUCGUGGCAAACCUCGGCUACAAGGGCUACGACGCGCAGUACCACACUAUCCCAGUGUACGCCUCGGCGUUUGUCUACAUCCUCGUGUUCUGCAUGUGCGCCGACUGGAAGCAGAACAAGCCGCUGUUUAUUGCGAUUGCGAGUUUCAUCGGGACUGUUUGUUUUGUGAUCACAGUCGCGACAAAGAACAAAAUGGUGCAAUACGUCUUCAUCAUCCUCGGCUUCGGGUCCGUGUACGCCGCGUGCCCGCUCGUCCUGACCUGGGUGCCGAACGUCAUCACCCACCCGGCCGAGAAGCGUGCCGUCGCCAUCGCCAUCGUUAAUGCGCUGGGCAACUCGGCGUCCAUCUACGGUGUCUUCCUCUGGCCCAAGACUGACGCGCCACGCUACAUUCCUGGCUGGAGCGCGACGACGGUGUUCAUGGCCCUCUUGGGCUUCCUGGCCAGUCUGUUCGCAUUCCUCCUCGCCAAGUACCCCAAGGACGAGCCGGCACCGUCGCAGGUGGUGCGCGACGAGGAGAAGUGA